UAUUGUCAAGGUCGUACAAGUACUUACUUUGGUCUGUGAUGGAGAUCAUGAUGCAUCAUUAUACUUCUCUGAAAUUGUGAUUCUCCAUUUUACCCUGGUAAUACCAUCCACUAGACAAGGUCAUGCCGAAGCCGACACCAGGGUCUUCGCGCCAUCCUUCAACAUCUGCUUGCACUCUACGACCAUGCGCAGCUUUGAUGGUUGCACCACAUCCACUGGACGCUUCAGCCAAAUCGGGCGAGAGCUUUCGCUCUUCAACUUUGGCUUUCUCCUGACCUGCUUUUUCGUCAUCUGGCUGUUGGGAAUUGAAAGCCAUUUUUUGGGUUUGGGAUCUUCAGACGAUGCUUCGAGUCGUGAUCUAAAAAGCUUUCUACCUCCAGUUUUGCAGGAGAGCAGGGAUUUGGAAGCGCUUUUGGCGGCUUCACAUUGCUAUCUUGCGAUUAGCUUCAAGUCGUCAGAAGAUGGUGUCCUCCAUGCAGAGACUCUGCGCAAAGGACUGGAGGAACGUCUGCGUGGAAGGGUUCCCCAGUUGAAUGUUUCGAUUGUUGGAGCAGGUGUAAAAGGUGAUGAAGAUUUGCCUGGUUCUGCAGUAAACUACGUGGCAUCAUCUGAAGCGCCACAGUGCUCUUACUCAUUAGAAAUACUAGGUGCCGAAGCUAGUACGGAGCAGGGUGAGAGUAAACCUGCAGGGCAUCUGAGGCUCCAGCUUUCAUCAAAGAGUGUCGAAGGCCGUCUUCUCAUCCCCAAGACAGAGGUGCAAAGCGGGAAAGAAGAAGACCUCACACAGUUGAUAGCAUCUGCGCUAGAGGCUACUUGGUUUAAACCUGUAAAUGGCGAAAAUGUCCGCAGACGAUGGGGCUCAGAUCCCUUGUACGUGUUGCAGUUCCUAUUCUUGUUACAAGAUCUUCAUGAAGAGCAAGAACACCUACUACAGCUACAGGAGGCCGCUGAAAAAGAAAUCGUUCGACCACUGCGCCAUUUGUUUGACCUGGACGUAGAGUGGCAGGAUGUUUACCAAGCUGGCGGCAAAGUAAUGAUUAUGGGUGUAACAAAUUCAUCAUCUCCAAAUGAGUCAUCUGAGAGAUUCUAAGUCAUCUGGAAGAGAAGGAGUCAUCUCUCUCUCUCCAAAGAUGAAAGUCAUCUGGAAGAGAUGAGAGAGAGAGAAAGACAAGAGGAAAAAGGGACAACAAGAGAGAUCCCUGAGAUGAAUUCCCGAUAUUUUUAUCUCUAAAAUGAGCAAAGAGUGGGAAGACGUAACCUCUGAUGAAAUCCAACAGCAUUUCCUAUCCGAAGCGAGUGCGUGGACUAGCGAAGUCGUUUCGCGCGGGGCUCACAAGCUCCCACACUUGAAGAGAUUUGGUGCACGAUUGGUAGGAGGUGGCGGGGAAGAAGUAGAUGCGGUGGAUAACGAAGCAGUGGUAGAUCAAGAUCAAGAUCUAAAACAACUAAAAGGAGGAGAAACGACAGAUACCAGCAGCAGCACCACCUCUUCUAGCGAAACUGAAGUCGAUCAACUACAGGUGAAAAAAGCAAGUACAGGAGCCCCGCCAGAAAGUGCAACUACGCCAGAAGAGACUAAAUUUGAGACCACUAUUAAGGUAACGUCAGGUUUUUCAAUAUCUGGUUGGGGCGUCAUGUCGAUGCGCGAUGAACUUCAUCUGGACACGUGGAUUUCCUACCUUCGUCGCUGCCUAGGUCUCAAGCCGAUUUGGGCGAAAGAAGCAGAAGUAGAACUGAAAGUGGACGAGGGAGGUGCUUCUAGUUCUAGCAGAAAAGUCUCGAUGCGGGUCAGAACAACUCCAGACUUCAGCAAGUCUUCACUGGAGAAGAACACGGAAGACGCCAUAUUAACGUCAGCUACAGGAGCAGCAGAUCUUCUAUCGGCUCCUGACAGCACACGAGCAACUACUACACAAGAACAUCACCGAGAAGUAGUCGUUUUUCUCCCUUGGGAGAUUUUAGCCUUGGGACGCUUUUUCUUGGGUGUUUUCCUCCAUAGAAUCCGAGAAGUCGAAGAGGAAAUGCAAGAAAGGACAAGAGGUGGCGUGUGGACGCAUGGAGUACAAGUCCCUCUACGUGUCCGUCAGAAAGUGCAGUUGGCGGGAAAGAAGGUGCAACAACUCGUCCUCACAGCAAAGACUGAUCUCUUCUCUCGCUUGCGAACUGUGCGCCAGAUCCUCUACCUCAUGGAGGAAGCCGCACGCGAUGAAUCGAUGACUGCAGGAUUGUACUUCUCUGGCGAAUUCACGGCAGCAGUCUACCUGCCGAUCGUUUUGCCUGCUUUGAUUCCUUUUAUAACAUUUUUUGGACGAGCAAUCAGGGCUUGGAAGCAUGGUGGACUUAGUACGAGAAUGAAUCAGAAUAAAUGUGACUGAAGAUGUAAUUGAUGUUGAUGGAAAUUGUCGCAGUAUUUUUCAACGAUGAAUAGGAAUCAUCUGUCUGAAGUGGCAAUAUAAAACAUCACCUUAUAAUUGUUCUGUAAGUCAAGCCUGUGUUCCCGCGACCUGCUACGCAUCACUUUUAGUAAGUAUGAGGCUCUUAACGCCACUUCGAUCUACUCCAGUG